UUCGUUACACUGGCUGCACACACAGCACACAUUAUGAAUUUGCUCAUCCCAUCAGUUUAUAACUAACGUUCGUUUUCUUUUAGUUUAUUUUUUAGCGUCUAUAUGGUCGGUUCGAUAAACAAUUGAAUACGUUGUCGUCGCGGAAAAAAUUUGAUUUCUUUGAGCGAAAAUGCUAAUUGAAAAUUGUGAAAAGUAUAUCGCUUGUUAAUUGUGGCAAUAGAUUUUCCUUAAUAACAAAAUGUUCACAACGAACCGACGUUUUCUAAGUUCGCUUAUGAUUAUCUUAACAUGCAAUGGAUAUAUAGCACAACAGCCACCCCUACGAAACAUCAACGAUGUCGACGAUUUCAUUCGAGACUACAAUAGAGAAGCGGCAGAGAUGUGUAACCGGGUGGCAACAAUUGAAUGGAAAUACGAAACUAACAGCAGUGACUACAAUCGCCGUAGAAUGAACGAACAGCAAUCAAUUGCUGCAAAGUUUGAAUGUUUAAGCUGGAAACGUGCCGCAUCGUUUGAUAUGUAUAGACUGUUUGACACAAGUACCAAAAAGCAACUCGAAAAGAUUUUGCGUCAUGGGAAAUGUGGAUUAGAUGAGGACAAAUAUCAGGAAAUCACUCAUGUGAUUACAGUGAUGAAAGAUGCGUACAAAAGUGCAAAGAUAUGUCCAUAUCGACCUAACUCCAAUAUGUUUGCUUCACAAAGUCAAGGUCAAAGUCGAGAUAACUCCCAAGUGUUUGGUCCACAAGGCCAAUCUAACGCCCAUGUGUUUGUUCCACAAAGUCAAGGGCAAAUUAAUCCCCGUGUAUUUCUACCACAAGGUCAAGGUCCUACCACCUCCCAUGUAUAUGGUCCAGGUCCACAAGGUCAGGGUCAAAUUACUUCCCAUGCGUUUGGUCCACCAAUUCAAGGUCAAAUUAACCCACAUGCAUUUGCGCCACCACAAUAUAAUGAACAGCACACAGACCCGCAAUUUGUUUCGCCUUACACUCCGCCGUACAUGAGCUAUUGCGAUUUAAGACUCGAUCCGGAAUUGAUAAAAAUUAUGGAAGUUAGUCGUAAUCAAGACGAACUGUUGUAUAUUUGGGCUGCAUAUCAUGAAAAAGUUGGUUCGCCAUUAAAAAACAGUUUUAUGAGGUACGUCGACUUAGCCAACCAGGCAGCCAGAAUACACGGAUUUCGUGAUGCUGGCGAGCAAAUGCGCUCCGUCUAUGAAGAUAAUGAUUUAUACUUUACCGUGCAAGAUCUGUGGGCACGAGUUCAACCACUCUACAAGAAGCUAUUCACGUUUGUUAGAAAGGGACUCGUACGCAAAUAUGGCGAGACAGUUAUUCGACGAGACGGUCCCAUUCCAGCACAUUUACUGGGAAACAUGUGGGGUCAAAAUUGGAAAAAUAUUCUAGAUAUUAUCAGACCAGAAUUCCCUGAAACACCUGACGUUACCGGUGAAAUGGUUCGACAAGGCUAUAAUCCGUUGAAAAUAUUUCAAAGUGCCGAAGAGUUUUUUACAUCAAUGGGCUUACCGCCAAUGUCUCCUGAAUUUUGGAGAAAUUCAAUGUUGAGUAAUAAUGACAAUGGAUACAUUCACUGUAAAGCAUCGGCUUGGGACUUUUGCAACAAUAUCGAUUUUCGGAUAAAGCAAUGCACCCAAAUAACUGUAGAAGAUUUCGUCAAUGCUCAUCACGAAAUGACUCACAUCCAAUAUUACAUGCAGUAUUCCGGUCAGCCGUUCGUGUAUCGCGAUGGGCCAAAUCCAGCUUUUCACGAUGCUAUGGCUCACACAAUUGGACUAUCUGUUGGAGGGCCGGUACAUUUACAACGACUGGGACUCUUAAGUUCACCUAUUCCAACUUCAACGGGCAAUUCACUCCUAAACAUUGAAUAUCUGCUGGACUUAGCACUAGAUAAGCUACCUUUCAUGGCAUUUAGCGUAGCGUUGGAGAAAUGGAGGUGGUUGGUCUUCGAGAAAGGGCCAAUUGGUUUGAAUGCAAGAUGGUGGGAUCUGAGAUUACGAUAUCAAGGUAUCGUUCCACCGACACAACGCACUCAUGAACACUUCGAUGCCGCAUCAAAGUAUCACAUAAUCAGCGAUCAAGACUACAUCAAAUAUUUCAUUGCCACCAUUCUCCAGUUUCAAAUAUUUGCCGAAUUGUGUCAAGCAUCCGGUCACGUUGGACAGCUACAUACCUGCGACAUUUACAGAUCGCGAGAGGCUGGUCGAUUAAUCAGUGAACUGAUGCAACAAGGCGCUUCAUUGAGUUCGUCUCAAUUAAUAAGAAUGUUAACGAGAGGAAAAACAUCCAGAUUGUCAGCGGAACCUCUACUUGAUUAUUUUCGCCCAUUGGAAGUGUGGCUCGAACAACAAAUUAUAUACGAACCUGUGGUUGGCUGGAAUUCUAAUUUAGCUGACAUAGCCUUAUUUCAAUACAGUGCGUCGGCCGGCACAUCGUUCACAAUUUCUAUUGGACUCAUCUUUUGUACAGUGCUUCUACCUCAUUUCUUUUAAAACUAUUUACUCAAAAAUGAAAGAGAAAUCAUUUUGAUUAUUGAAA